AGUCCUAACAAGCUUCAUGGUUGGUCAUGGAACUGCUGCAGUUCACAUGUCUGCUUUUACUUCUCAGCUUGAGAUUUUUGACAGGUUUUGGCCAGCAGUGUGGGGGUAACCAGUGGCUGUGUGAUGAUGGAACUUGUCUGCCUCUUUCCUGGCACUGCGAUGGAUAUGGAGACUGUAUGGACGGCUCUGAUGAAAUGGCCUGCCCCUGUCCUAGGGGCCAGGUUGCCUGCAUUUCCGGGGCUCCUGGUUGUAUAAUUACCUCUGCAGUAUGUGAUGGGCAGCGCCAGUGUUCUGAUGGGUCUGAUGAGCUUAACUGCCCAGAGAACCAGGGCUGUCUGCAGGGGGACUGGAGGUGUAGGAAUAAGAUCUGCAUCACCAAGGACCAAUACUGCAAUGGUGCUAACGACUGUGUGGACAACUCUGAUGAGACCUGUGGCCGGUGUGGGCCAACGGCUGUGCGUUGUCCUGGAGGGGUGUGUCUGACUGAAGAUGAGAGGUGUGAUGGAAAAUUGCACUGCUCUGAUGGCAGCGAUGAACCCUCUACCUGUGGGAGGACCUGUUCAGAAGAGAACGGUGGCUGCAGUCACUCCUGUGUGGAUCAGCCCUGGGGAGCUCUCUGCUCCUGUCCUAAAGGCCAUAGACUGUCUGCUCAUGGAGCCUCCUGUCUGGAUGUGGAUGAAUGCUCUCUGCCUUACGGUCCAUGCAUGCACUUCUGUGUCAACACACCCGGGUCCUUCCGCUGCCACUGCCGAGACGGCUUCCAGCUUCAAGGAACCACUUACUGCUAUGCUAAAGGAAAUUAUACAAAGUUUCUAACUGCAAAGAAAGGAACUAUCGGAUUUCUGAAUCUGAAGACUCUGCGAUUUGAGUCUAUACAAAGUAUUGGCUAUGAUCCUCUGGCCCUGGCCUUUGACCUCUCCAGGAGCUCAUUCUACUGGGCUGAUGACCAGGGGAACAUCUGCAAGGCUAAGGAGCAGCGGCGCAGGAUCCUUUAUCAUGGACAAUAUGGGGUUAGAAGUCUAGUCUGUGAUUGGCUGACAGGCCAGCUGUACUGGACCAACCAGAAGACCCGGUCUAUUCAUGUUGGGGCAGCUGAUGGGAGUGGAUUUGCAACGGUCUUGGCCAAGAACAUAGACCCAUUGGAGCUGGUCCUUCUUCCCAUUGAAAGCUUGUUGUUUUGGAUCAACAAAGGUCCUGGUGAUAAAAUUACUCUGGAGAGAUCUGGGAUGGAUGGGUUAAAGCAGGAAUCUCUGGUGGUCCUCACUGCACAGGCACCACGGAGUCUGACCUUGGACGUUACAGUUCGGAGGCUGUACUGGAUGAGUGAUUUUAAAAAGUCCAUAGAGACUGUGCGAGUGGAUGGGAAUGGUCGCUACAGCUUUCGGGAGUUCUUCAAGAGACCAGCUCAGAGCCUGGCGGUGUUUGAGAGGUGGUUCUACUGGACAGAUCAGAAGGGUCUGUGGCGCUCCCCUCAGGACCAACCUAAUCAGAAGACCUUUAUUCAGAGGACAACGCUCCCUGUCCUUGAGGCAUACCAUGAACGACAGCAGCCAAAAGCUCCAUCAGCCUGUGUAAAGUCUGGCUGCCAGCUCUGCAUGCCGACUCUGGACCUGCCUGCUGGGUUCACCUGUACCUGUCCUGAUGACAAACUGCUCAUGGCAGAUGGCUCAUGUGAAUAUCCCAGGUUUGCUUAUGCAACAUCCAGAACACUGAACCUGUUUGAGUUGAAAGGGAAGGAGCUGAUCAAGAAAUUACUGCUGACUACAGAUGAUGUCUUUGAGUCUUUUGACAUCGACUGGAGGGGGAACUGGGUCUACUGGGCAAACAGCACUGGUCAUGUGAUGCGCUGGAGCCUCAAUACCGGCCAAACGGAGACUGUCCCCACGCUGAGACCAGCCUGCGUGGUGUCAGUAGACCAGAAGAUGAGAAAUCUGUACUGGCUGUCAUGUGAUGAAGUCUGUGUUGGCGUCACUAACAUGGAUCAGGGUUACCCACGGAGACUGUACCAGUCUGGCAGUGAGGUAAGAGAUGUUUACCUGGACUGGCAGCGGGGAGGCUAUCUGAAGAUCAUGAGUCUGUUGAAGUCCCAGACUCACCUGGCAGGCAGAGAGUGGAAUGUCCCUGGUUCCAUCAUGGCCGCUCACGCUCCACUCCUAGUGUCACUGUUUAAUGAUGUCAUCACUGUGUGGGACCGGCGGGACAGGAGGCGUGCCCAAGAUGUCCCUGUCAGACCAGGCGUUGUCAGGGUGAUCGUGGCUCUGGAUGUAAAGGAAGUGCCUCCUGCUCAGCCAGUCUGUACCAGUCCGUCAGUGAUGUGUCGGGGCUCAACUUUGUGCAUCUCCCAAACUCAGCUGUGUGACACAUUGAGAGACUGCCCUGAUGGUUUUGAUGAGGAGUCCUGCAUUACUAAAUGUCCAAACAGAGGUGAGUUCCGGUGUAAGGACAGGAGGAAAUGUAUUGAGAGGAGUCUGGUUUGUGAUGGACGCUCUCAUUGCCAAGACGGCUCAGAUGAGGUUGGCUGUCAGACGAUAGCUGCUCCAACAUCCCAGACAUUGCCCCUGAAGUGUCGUAUGGGUUCUAGACUGUGCAAGGAUGGGAAAGAGUGUGUCCUGCACAGCCAUGUUUGUGAUGGAGAGGUGGACUGUAAGGAUGGAUCAGAUGAACAGGACUGUGAGCUCCUCUGCAAAGCAGGUCAGUUCCAGUGUGCUCAUGGGAAGAAGUGUAUCGACCAGCAGCAGGUGUGUGAUGGGAAGGCACAGUGCCAGGAUCGCUCUGAUGAAAUGGACUGCUUCAAGCCCACCAAGAGCUGCAGACAUCGCUGUGACAACAAUAGCCGCUGUAUCCCAAAAACCUUCCUCUGUGAUGGAGAGAGAGACUGUGCGGACGGCUCUGAUGAGGAAGGCUGUGAUUCUAACAAGGCCCUUCCUCCUGUCGUGCCAACUCUGGUUCAGACCUGUACCAGUCCAUCAGUGAUGUGUCGGGGCUCAACUUUGUGCAUCUCCCAAACUCAGCUGUGUGACACAUUGAGAGACUGCCCUGAUGGUUUUGAUGAGGAGUCCUGCAUUACUAAAUGUCCAAACAGAGGUGAGUUCCGGUGUAAGGACAGGAGGAAAUGUAUUGAGAGGAGUCUGGUUUGUGAUGGACGCUCUCAUUGCCAAGACGGCUCAGAUGAGGUUGGCUGUCCAACGAUAGCUGCUCCAACAUCCCAGACAUUGCCCCUGAAGUGUCGUAUGGGUUCUAGACUGUGCAAGGAUGGGAAAGAGUGUGUCCUGCAAAGCCAUGUUUGUGAUGGAGAGGUGGACUGUAAGGAUGGAUCAGAUGAACAGGACUGUGGUGAUAAUCUUCCUGCUCAGCCAGUCUGUACCAGUCCAUCAGUGAUGUGUCGGGGCUCAACUUUGUGCAUCUCCCAAACUCAGCUGUGUGACACAUUGAGAGACUGCCCUGAUGGUUUUGAUGAGGAGUCCUGCAUUACUAAAUGUCCAAACAGAGGUGAGUUCCGGUGUAAGGACAGGAGGAAAUGUAUUGAGAGGAGUCUGGUUUGUGAUGGACGCUCUCAUUGCCAAGACGGCUCAGAUGAGGUUGGCUGUCAGACGAUAGCUGCUCCAACAUCCCAGACAUUGCCCCUGAAGUGUCGUAUGGGUUCUAGACUGUGCAAGGAUGGGAAAGAGUGUGUCCUGCACAGCCAUGUUUGUGAUGGAGAGGUGGACUGUAAGGAUGGAUCAGAUGAACAGGACUGUGAGCUCCUCUGCAAAGCAGGUCAGUUCCAGUGUGCUCAUGGGAAGAAGUGUAUCGACCAGCAGCAGGUGUGUGAUGGGAAGGCACAGUGCCAGGAUCGCUCUGAUGAAAUGGACUGCUUCAAGCCCACCAAGAGCUGCAGACAUCGCUGUGACAACAAUAGCCGCUGUAUCCCAGAAACCUUCCUCUGUGAUGGAGAGAGAGACUGUGCGGACGGCUCUGAUGAGGAAGGCUGUGAUUCUAACAAGGCCCUUCCUCCUGUCGUGCCAACUCUGGUUCAGACCUGUACCAGUCCAUCAGUGAUGUGUCGGGGCUCAACUUUGUGCAUCUCCCAAACUCAGCUGUGUGACACAUUGAGAGACUGCCCUGAUGGUUUUGAUGAGGAGUCCUGCAUUACUAAAUGUCCAAACAGAGGUGAGUUCCGGUGUAAGGACAGGGAGGAAAUGUAUUGA